AUGAUUCCUACACUGCUACGCACUUUGAACUUCAGGUAUGUGUACACACCUUGGUCUGAUGAUCGUGACAAACUGUACGAUUUGACCGCUUUUACAAAUAUGACUUCCCUUACAAUGGUGCUGCCACCGCGUCUGACCGACCCUUUGAAAUUACCGCCCAACUUGCUCAAACUUUCGAUUUCGUGUACUCAGUUGCAUAACAGAAUCAGUUUUCCGCCUGGAAUAGUUGACCUCGAGUUAAGCUAUUGUGGCACUAUGCUGACGGACGGCUGGCUACUACCAGCCCGAUUGAAGCGACUUUCACUUCAUCACAAUGAACUCUCAUCGUUCAAUGCCGUACUUCAUUGCUGUGAAUACUUGAGCUUGGAAGGCAAUCCUUUACAGGAACUUGAGAUCGAAGCUCCCGUUCUUGAGCAUAUCGACUUGAGUUAUACUUUGUUGACGUCAAUUCCCAAACUUCCUGAUAGUCUUCAAGCUCUUAUCAUCAGAAGCGAACUGCUAAAACUCUCCCCUAUGUCUAUAUUGCCUUCGAGUUUAAAGCUUCUAGACCUCGCGGGAACUGAAUGUGUAGCUCUUCCAGACUUGACAUUUCCAUCGUCAUUAGAAGAGCUCUACCUCUGUGAAAUCUACUUGUUACAAAUGAGUGGAGUCAAAUUUGCCAAAGGAUCAAAAUUGAAAGAAUUGAGUAUGAGCAGUUGUGAUUUGAAGACAAUCGACGACAGAAUGAUCGAGCUACCCCUCGGCUUGAAAUCCCUAGGAUUGCAUAGCAAUCUCUUGAAAAACAUCGAUAAGCUCACCAUUCCGCAAACAGUUACUUCAUUAGAAUUGGAAUUUAAUAAUUUUGGAUCAUUGAAAGUUAAGUCCUAUAUUGAGACACUAAACCUUCGUGAUAAUUAUCGAUUAUCAAGGCUGACGAUACCAAAGAAGCUGGAGCUAAAGUUUCUUGACGUCGAUCAAACUAGUAUCAGAAAGUUUUCAUUUGACAUAAUUGGAGCUAAGAGACUCACACAAUUACGCCUGGAUUCUACUGUUGAAGAGAUUGACUUUUCCGAGAUGCCAACCAAUUUUCAAAUUUUGGAAUAUCAUAGGCGCCGUGUAAUUGAAGGACUCCACAAUUAUCCUAAUACAAAUAUUUGGAGACCUUUGCGGUGA